GCGUUCCCCGUCGCGUCACUAAUAAAUAUUCUUUUCAUUUUACGUUAUUCGUCACUAAUCCGCAAACCCCCUCUCUUCGACUCAUUCGCUUGCCAAUUAGUCUAAUCUGAUUUUGGAGAGGCUACAAACAUAAUAUCAUUCGUCAGGAUGGCAUCUUCACCACGGCACGAGGAGUACCAAUACCUCGAUCUCGUUCAGGAGAUCUUAGAUCACGGAGAGCGUCGACCAGACCGAACCGGUACCGGCACAUACUCCAUAUUCGCCCCCCGACCGCUCAAGUUCAGUCUCAACGAUAACGGCAAGCCGAUUCUACCACUAUUAACGACGAAGCGCGUGUUCCUGCGUGCUGUAAUCGCCGAACUCUUAUGGUUUAUCGAGGGAAAUACAUCAUCGACAUCGCUCAGCGCGCAAGACGUCAAGAUAUGGGAUGGCAACGGGUCGCGCGAAUUCCUCGACAACCUGGGACUCAAGGAUCGUGAAGUUGGUGAUCUAGGCCCCGUCUACGGUUUCCAAUGGCGCCACUUCGGCGCUGAGUACGUCGAUGCGCGCACAGAUUACACCGGCCAAGGUGUCGACCAACUAGCCGAUGUCAUCCACAAAUUGCGCAAUAAUCCAUACGACCGCCGCAUGAUUCUCUCCGCCUGGAACCCGGCCGACCUGAAGAAAAUGGUGUUGCCUCCGUGUCACAUGUUCGCGCAGUUCUAUGUCUCGUUUCCGAGACAGAAUAGGGACGGGGAGAGCAACGGGGAGGAGAAGCCGAAAGGUCAUCUUCACUGCCAAUUAUACCAGCGAUCCUGCGACAUGGGACUCGGUGUCCCUUUCAACAUUGCGAGCUACGCGCUGCUGACGCACAUGCUGGCACAUGUCUGCGAUCUAGUCCCUGGUAGUCUAACACACGUAAUGGGCGACGCACACGUGUACAUCGACCACGUUGACGCCUUGAAAGUACAGCUAGAGCGCGAGCCGCGUCCGUUCCCAGAGAUACAAAUCAAGCGCGAUAGUGGUGGCUCAAUCGAUGGGUGGAAAGUAGAGGACAUCUCCGUUCUAAAUUACGAACCUCACAAGACGAUCCCGAUGAAGAUGUCUGUUUAGGCUGAAACAUAGAAUUACUUAGAUGCCAGGAAUAUCUGGACUAUUAGAUUCACAGAGGAUAGGUAGGCAGCUCGAGUCAAGGUAUGGUACGAUGAUGAAUAUAUUACGUAGGAAUGAUAGGUAUAUGGAGGAUUGAAUUUCGUUAGAGGCAUAGCUAAGAGACGCGGUGCCGUGAAACUAGAAGAGCUGAAUAUUACCUCUGCAGUAUAUAGAAUUAGUAGCAAAGACAAAAAGGUGUUGGGUGUAGUAGACCAUAUGUAAACCAAUGUAUCGUUUAAGCACCUUUUGUAAUUUUAAGCACCUUUUGUAAUGUUCUCAUGUUGAUUACUUGUAAGUAGACUGUAUUUCAAAUAUGAAAAAAACCCUCGAGCAUGUCCACUUUUUAUAAGUGUCUUGAU